AUGGCUCGCAUCCAGAUCCCUAUCGACGCCCUGACGAACCGUCUCGGCCUGCAGGAGCGCUUUAACAGCAUGCGUUCCGGCGGCUUGAGCGGCCGCUUCGCCAACCUGCGCCCCGUCGGCGAAUUCUUCGACAUGAAGCGGCUCUCCAAACCCGCCAACUUUGGCGAGGUUCAGUCGCGAUGGAACUACAAUCUGUCCUACUUCUCCAGUAACUACAGCGUCGUCUUCUUGAUGCUCAGCGUCUACGCUCUGCUGACCAACUGGCUUUUGCUGUUCGACAUCAUCUUUGUCAUUGCGGGCAUGUUCCUCAUUGGCAAACUCGACGGUCGCGAUCUUGAGAUUGGCUCCUUCAAGGCCACCACAUCCCAGCUGUGGACCGGUCUUCUCGUCGUUUCUGUCCCCCUGGGCCUGUAUGCCUCGCCUUUCGCGACGCUGCUCUGGCUCGUUGGUGCUUCUGGCGUGGGAGCUGCGCAACAGUGGGAGGACGGAACGAGAGUUGUCGAGGAGCUAGAGGAGACAGAGGUGGACAGUUCAAAUACACAAGGCGUUGGUUUGGUUUCGCGAGGGAAGCGGUUCGCCAGCGAUCCGCUCCGCUUUACAGGUACAGACGUCGGUGAGCGAACGACGGCAAUGCGGAGGGGAUACGAUUACCAGCAUUCGGAUGAGGACGAGGACGAAAGCGAAGACGACAGCGAGGGGUCAGAAGAAUCAUCUUCGGAAGACGAAGAAGAGGAAGAGGAAGAGGACAUUGAUUGGGAUCAGCUUUCGCCGAGGGAGCGGGACGAGGCCCUGGCGCAGAGAGCCCUGGCCCGUAUCCGACGUGCACAAGAACGAGGCAAGCUCGAGGUCAACCUUAGUAAACACGAAAUGGCUGCUCUGGAACGACGGAGGAAGCGCAUCGAAAAGGAAGCACGCAAGCAGGAGCGGAAGCAGCGGCGCGAAAAGGAGCAGCGGUUCGCCAUCCCUCUGUCGCAAUUUCAGCCGACCUCUCGCAGAAGGUCUCCCACUUUAACUCUGGAGGACGAUCUGCCGCGCCAUCCGUCGCCUGGAACAUUUGCCAAUGUCCAAGAGGGUGGUGCGAUGCCGCCCAUGGGAUACUUCCCGCCGCCCAAUGCUUCGCGCACCCGCCCUAGAUCGGCAACUACCGCAUCGCAGCGACCGACGUCUCGACUCAUGGGCGAGAGGGGCUCAUCGCCUUUCAACUAUGCCUACGUCCAAGACCCUCCAAGCCAACGUUUGCCAUCGGACACCAUGUCGCCUGCUUCAUCCACAUCUUCCCUACCAAAAUCUCGAGGCGGUGUCGACCCCUUUCAGUUCCAGACUGAAGGUCCCCACGCCCUUCCCGGUGUCGCUCGACGCAAUGUAUCAGGCUCUACCGACGGGCGCCGAACCUCUGUAGCGCCUCCGGCGGGUCGAGUUGGCCGGGCUCCGCGCGGGCCGCCACCCGAGGAGAGUAGCAGCGAAGAGAGCAGUGAAGAGAGCAGCGAGGAAAGCACCAGCGACGGCAUCGGAAACGGUGCCCAAAUCGUUCAACCGCCGCCGCCGCCGCCGUCCGGUCCGACGACAAGACGUGGUCGCAAGGAGGCCAUUGCCGUCGAGGAGGCUGCUGCCCGCGAGCCGGCACGUGAGGUUUCGCGGGAUAAGAAGUCUGCCAACCCGUCGCCAUCCAAGAGGAAGCCCGUUGGGGGCCGGCGUAAGAAGAAAUAG